UUUCCGUAGUUCAGGACUAGCCAUGAUCAGUUUGAAAUCACAAAUGUUUUUUUAGUCAAGGUCGGUUCAAUUCAUUCACUCAAAAGUUCAGAGUAGUUUCUUGCUGAACCGCAGAAAUGAUCAAUUCAUUUCUGUGGUAGUUUCUUGAGAUGAUUUUUUUUAUGACAUGGACACCAUAGGAAUCGCGCAUAAUUUCUAUCAUUGAAACUGCCCUUACCGCCCCACCACCCCCGAGAUGUCUCCCGUUUGCUUUAUUGCUCGUGCAGAAUUCUGAAAUUCCAGCUGUUCUGUUCAGGCUUCAUAAAGUCCCAAGGUGUUGGUUUGUGCAGCUGUGCUCGACUACUCUUUGGCCACAACUGUGGCUGCCAUUUAACCAUUUCAAGUUUGCCAGAUUAUAAGGUCCAGGCCAGUAACAAGUUCGUUAAAAUUUUCUCAAAAUUGAAGUGAAACGCACUCGAGUUAGCAGCUGACAUGAGCUGGGCCGCCACGUUGGGCCAAAUCGGCGGAUCAGAAGCCUUUGUAGUUUGUACUCUGCAGUAGGCUAGUAGCGUCGUCCACCGGUGCACUUGCACCAUCACACGACCGUUCAACUUGAAUGGGCAGCCAGACGCUUGCUCGAGGCGCCCUCUCCGUCUCCCGAACCCACCCGCCGCCGCCGACGCGCGCCUCCACCAGCGCCCGCGUCCGCGACCAAUCCCUCUCGGCGGCCGCCGCGCGCGUCCUGCGGCUCGAAGCCCCCGCGGCCGCCUCGUCCACCUACCUAUGGAACAGGCUGCUCGCGCUCCUCUGCUCCGGCCGCGGCGGGCCCGGGCCGCCCGUCCUCGCCCGCAGGGUGUUCGACGCGAUGCCCGAGCGGGACGCCGUCUCCCACAACACCCUGAUCGCGUGCCUCUCGCGGGCCGGCCCCGGGCACGCGGCGGAGCGAGCGCGCGCCUACUCGCGGAUGCUCCGCGAGGACGGGGUCAGGCCCACCGGGACCACCCUCUCCGCCCUCCUUACCGUGGGCGGUGGUGACCCGGCGUCGGCGUGCCGCGGGUUUUUCCAGCAGGUGCACGCCCACGCGGUGCGGCUGGGGCUCUGCUCGAACGCGUUCGUGGGGAGCGCGCUGGUGCGGGCGUACCAGCGGUGCGGGGACGCGGACGCCAUGUUCGGCACGUUCGAGGAGAUCGACGAGCCGGACGUUGUGUGCUGGAACGUCAUGAUCGACGCGUGCACGUGGGGCGGGAGUGCGUGGCGUGCUGUGGAGGUGCUGUCCAGGAUGUGUAGGGGUGGAGGAGUCGCUGAUGGGUUCACGCUGGCGAGCAUCCUGAAGGCGUGCUCCCGCGGCCAGGAUCUGGGCCUUGGCAUGCAGCUGCACGCAUGGGCGUGGAAGAUUGGCUCGGAGUCAGAGACGGCAACCUGCAACGCUCUCAUCACGAUGUACCUGAAAUGUGGUGGCAGGGUGCAUUCAGCUGUCAAUGUCUUCGAUGGAAUCUCUGAGCCAAACAUAAUUUCUUGGACGGCCAUGAUUGCCGGGUUAGUGCAGAAUGGCCUUGCCAUGGAAGCAGCUGGCUUUUACAAACACAUGGUGAGGGUUGGAGAGAAGGAUAAUGACUUCUGCUUCACUACCGUGCUCUCAGCAUUCAGCACCCUUGCGAGUCUGGAGCAUGGCAAGAUGGUGCAUUGUCGCGCCAUGAAGGCUGGGUUUUGUUUUGAUACGAUCCUCGGGAACGCCCUUCUUGACAUGUACUUCAAGUGUGGCAGCUCUGCAGAUGCUCAAUUUGUCUUUGACACAAUGCGAGCACACGAUGUGGUGUCAUGGACAGCUAUGGUGGUCGGGUAUGGGCGGCAUGGUGAGGCCAGAAAAGCUGUUGAAUGCUUUAGAGCAAUGGUUGAUGGUGGAUUUAGGCCAGACGGCAUAACAUUUCUUGCUGUCCUUUCUGCCUGUAGCCGAGGAGGUAUUGUGGAUGAAGGACUUAGCAUUUUUCGCUCCAUGUCUGAGGAUCAUGGAAUUAAGCCAGAAAGGGAGCAUUGUGCAUGCUUGGUGUAUCUGCUAGGCCAUGCUGGUAGGCUAAAUGAAGCAGAAACAUUGAUUAUGAAGAUGGGUUUGCAACUUGAUACAUUUGCAUGGGAGUCACUUCUGGGUGCUUGUGGAAUACAUGGAGAAGUUGAGCUCGGGAAGAGGUCAGCAGAGAAGGUCAUGGAGCUGGAGCCUUGGAAGGAUGGGCCUUAUGUUUCGCUGUCGAACAUGUAUGCUGAACAAUCCCAAUGGUGUGAAAAGGAGAUGUUGAGAGGGAGGCUUGACUACAGCAAUGUCCGGAAAGAUGCUGCUCUCAGCUGGUUUCCAGUUUCAGAAGUAAAUUAAGAACCUCAUGUGGUUCUGUGUGAUUACUCAGACAAUUUGUGGGAAGGCAAGGAAACAGUGGGGAUGAAAUCCAUAUACACUUGCUGAAUUUACAGAACUGGAGCCGUCAGUCAUUCAGCUCGUGAGGAUUUGCAGGUGAAAGGACACGAGCAGUCCGCAGAUAUGAAGAAACAAAAGUUACAAUGAUCGAGAGCCAUCUUCCUCUGCAGCCUACACGAACAAGAGAAGACAUGCAUUGUCAGAGAUCAACUAAUAUGUUUACGAAAUCUCAGGCGGCCUGGUUCAACUCCUUAUUGCCAAUUGUUGAUAACUUGAUUCAGAGACACAAGUAUGUAAAUUUUGUUUUUAGUUGUUGAUUCAGAUCAACAAUGUGAAUAGUUUGAUUAAAAAUUGUGCAUUUUAGUGAAUGUAUUAUUUUUGUGAGGAUUUACUGAAUGUGUACACUUCACUCUUGCGGAAAUCUCUACCUUAAGUAUUGGAAAUUCUGAAGUUCUUCUGUACAA